CUUACCGCGCGCUCGGCACCGCCAUGUUCAAGGUAAUUCAGCUAGGGGCCACCCCUGUUAGCCUGAGCUUGCUCUCUAUCCAGGUUUAUGCUUCCUCUUCAGAGAAGGAGACUUCCAAAAAGGAGUUGCUGAAAAUUGAGGAGCUGUCACUCUACUCCUCUCCAGCUCGUGAGACUAAAUAUGUGGAGAAUCCACAAACCCAAUUGGAAGAGGGGGUUUCGCGUUUACGGCAUGUUAUGGAGCCAUAUACAGCAUGGUGUCAGGAUCUUUAUGCCAAAGCUAUGCCCACAUUAGAAAAAGCUGUUGAGCAUGGUAGAGAGGGCUAUGAAUUUCUCCAAACCCCCCCUGCUGGAUUUUAUCCAAGGCUUGGUGUGAUAGGUUUUGCUGGAAUUGUUGGAUUGUUUCUUGCUAGAGGCUCAAAGAUAAAGAAGUUAGUGUAUCCUGCAGGUCUCAUGGGUAUUGGUGCCUCCAUGUAUUACCCUCAGCAAGCAGUUUCUAUUGCAAAGGUUGCCAGUACGCAGUUGUAUGACUGCAGUCUUCAGGCAUAUAUUGCUGUAGAAUCUCUUUGGAAGGAUAAUCCUAAGAAGAAGAAAUCUGGGAAAAGAAGUGAUAAGGGUGAUGCAGAUGGUGACAAGCCCCUGGAAAUCCAUGCUGCUUCAAAUGAAGAGCAAGCCCAGAAGUAGAACACCGAUCACUUGGCAUGAAACAGGUGAACAAAAAAUGUAGAUAUGAGCAACAAUUUCCCAAGAAAAAGAGGAAAACCAUCUGAAUCCAUUUUGAUUUUGAAUGUGACUAAUCUGCCUUCUGCCUCAGGAAAGACUAACGGUGUGCUGCUUGGGCUGCUGGUAUGGAAUCUGUGAAAGGACACUAUGUAUUUUGGGUCAGUCCUCAAUUCUGCAGUGGGACUCAAGUCUGCCCAUGCUUGUCCCAUUGCAGGAUCAGCAUUGCAAGUAGCAAGUCUCAAAAUUCCUGUCUGUUAUUAUUUAUAUAUAAAAUAAAAUUCCAGUUACUCAAAAUGGUCCUGUUUUUUAUCCUUCCUCUUAUCUUCUUUAAACUCAUGUAUGUGAC